UUGCUCUUUAUAUGGAGAUCUAAGGCGCCAUGUGGUUGGACAUGAGAAGAGGCAAGUUGACAGUGAGACUUCUUAUGGUCUUCACUCUCCUAAAUUCUUAGGUAAGGGAGUGAAGAGAAGAUAUUUGUGUGUGUACGAAAGAGAGAAAGAGAUGAAAGGUGGAGAAGGGAAGAUGGACAGGAAAACUGUGGAGAAGCUCAGACGAAUGCAAAUGAAAGCUCUUUGCUUAAAGCUUGCAAACCUCAUCCCACAAGAUUAUCUUUCUAAGGUAUUUAUACAAUUAUUCAUUCAUUCUGUUCAUCAACUCGUCCUCUCCAUCUUUCCCCUCACCCAUACACACUCUCUAGAUCUCUACCCCCCUAAUAAUCUUUUGAGAUGUUCAGAUAUUAGUUCUAUUUGUAGGGAAGGGGAGAUUUUAGAGUUCAAGUUCCCAGUAGUUGAAGUCAGGCAUCAGGACCAAAAUUUGGAGGUUCUUCUCAUUAGUAGUUUGAAGAAGAGGAUUGCCUUACAUGAGGUCAUUCGCAUUGUAGAGGACGGAGGAGCAGAUGUGGUCAAUGCUAGCUUCUCAAUUGUUGGAAACAAGAUCAUCCACACAAUUCAUUGCCAGGCUAUUUCGUCUAGAAUUGGAUUGGAUGCUUCAAAGGUGUCUAAAAGGCUUCUGCAAUUGAUUAGAUGAUCAGUUUAUAUUUUGUUGGAAAAAUUAAUAAUCAGUAUACCUUUAUAAAAAAUUUUAUUCA